AUGAGUGCAUCAGAUGGUGGAGAGCAGUGUAUCGGAGGGUUAACUGAGAAGAGUAAGAUUUUUCAAGUGGGAGACAAUGAGGAUCCUAUCAAACCUACUGGCGAUCCUGCACAACAAACAAAACCAGACUUACACCAACGUUACUUGGUGGAGACGAUAACGAUGACUACCGUAACUGAGCGUCGAAUAGUUCGUGAAAUCAGCGAGGACUCCUGCCGUUCUUCGAUAGGUCAAAUUGACACUACAUCGUUGCUUGAUUCUCAAAGCUUAUCAAGAUCGACUCAAGAAGAUGAUGUACACCACGAAACCGAAGAGGAAGCUCAAGAAAUUCCCUCAAAACCCCAUGAAUACAACAAAGAUUUACCGAACUCAAAUGAACUCUCCCUCACCUUUAAACUGGGUAACUUAUCUCUCGUAACCAACAGCCGAAAACCAAAUUCCGCAGUCCGGCAACUGUUCCCAGACCCCCGCUUCAUCUCUCCACCACCAGUCCCAGCCAAAGCCGUUUCUUUAUCAACCGACGAAGGCACUGAUAGUGAUAACUCAGAGGCUCAAAGACUGCUGCUAACCACGGAGAGCCUUCGCUUCUUUGAUUCUGUAAAACAUUCCAAAUUGGCUGGCUCAAGAAGUGACUCUUCGGAAAGCGAUUCCGCAAGUAUAAAGCGAACAAUCGAGCGCAACGCCCUUCGGAGAAGUCUCAUCUGCAACUACGACAUGACCUCGAAGAAGAAAACUCUCAAAAGCAAAGAUUUAACUUUGGAAGAACGAAUUCGCCGAUUAACCUGCGUUGAUCAGGACGGCGACAAUAUAGGCGACAGCACCUCCAACUUUCAAGCAAAUGAAUCCCAAAAUUCUGCUGAUUUGAAUCUAAUUCCAACAUCCGGCGAUGAACAAGUUUUGCGUUCUAUAAAUAAUUGCCUGGAUAACUCUUCACCUCUUGCUCACUUUCAUCAUCAUCAUCAGUCGGCCUACCCUAAAAUCACAGAUCUAUCAAGCCAAAAAAAAAUGGAAACCAUGCCAGACUUGGGGAUCGGAAAUGGCGUCAAUUUGAUGAAAGAUUUCAAAAAUACGAAUUCAUUGAAGAUGAAUACCGAUGCUAGAAAACAAUUUCUGUCAUCAUUCACUCCAUUUUCAUGUGUUGCAUCAACAGGUAUAGACAGCAGAGAAGAUUAUUACCACAUAUCAUCGGUGGUUCAUCAUAGGGAUUCGAUUGGAUACAACUCAGACUCAUCUUACAGUUUGGAGGAUAUUGAAGUGGCUUUAAGAGGUGAAGAGAGAAACUAUAAGAAUACUCCAGGUCCUCCGGACGUUACUAAAGGUACACCCACAGGAACUGGUCCAGAUCCACCUGACGCCACGGCAGAUGAGCUCUUAGCUUUUGUCGAACAGGACAAAACACGAACAGAGAGACUUAAACGAAAAUACGACACCGAGGAGCACCAGGAGCUUUCUAAAAAUAGAGAUAACAACAGCACAAUAGAUGAUGAAGACGAUGAACUUAACGAUUACGGAUUCAACGCGAGACCUGCUGUACGAGGCAUCAAACCUCAAUUUCAAUCCACUCCAGAAAUUGUCAGGGAAUUACGCUCGCAGGCAUGUCCGGCAUCUCUAACAAAUGAACCCCUUGUUCUUUCUCCUCCUUGGUGCUCCUAUGAUCCCGACAAUUCUGAAAAAAAUGUCAUCUUCGGGAAAGAAUCUGAAGAACUAACUGGAGGUCAUGAUAAUACGAUAAAGCGUAUAAACACCAUGCAAAAACAAAUCGAUGACAUUUAUCAGACAAUUGCUGAAACUACUGUUUCAGUACAAGAGACGAUUAAUCGUGGUUCUUAUUUAGAAAGCACUUUACCCAGGAUGAUUCCAAAGGGGGUCGACUGCAGAUAUGAUCAGCAAAAUGAGCACUUUCAUGAUCAUCGAAGUGAAGUCUACAGUACUCUUCCAAGUAAAAAUAAAAGACCAGUUGUUAUUACUAACUAUCCUUGCGGGGGUAUUCCAAUACAAAACAACAAAUGUUAUAGGACGAUGUAUUUUGUUCCUUAUAAUGGGAUUACUGAUCCAACAUACCAAAACAUUGAAAAAAAUAUUCCUCCUGAUUCGUCUGCGAAUUAUAUAGGUCACAUUGAGCGGUAUCCGUUUCGAAGAUCACGAUCGGAAUCAGAACGUUUCCAACAACCUGUUCAACAGCUAGAGCAACAGUCUCCAAGAUAUUAUGUCGAGCCGUCAGCCGCUGAAACACCAUCGUUUUAUCCUCAACCUAGUCUUCAUUUCCAUUUGAAUCACCCAGACAACUUUAGGAUUAGACCACCAGGUAUCACAAUGCAGACAGUCCAAUUACAACAUCAUCAGCAUUCAUCACAAUAUGCUACUUAUGACAUUCGAUCAAUUCCUGCUUAUACCAUCAUGGUGCCCUCCAGGGCAGAUGGAUGCGCAUAUUCAAAACAUCCUAGGAGGACUGCGCUUGAUGGGCAAACACAGACCGUUUCCGUGACGCCAAUGAACACUAGCAUUGUUGUCACUGGGUUUAGUGGAAAUCAUGGUAAUGCUUCCUCUUCUUCUUCCACAUCGCCCGUAGUUUCUUCGCCAACAAAAAUUCAAGAGCAGAUGAACUCAUGCAAUGGUAGGAGGGAAGCGCCAGAAGGCGCUGCGAGAUCGCGCACACAUGAUUUUGGAAUACAAUCAAAUGGUAUCAGCGACAAUAUUGUGAAUAAUUUCAUGGAACAACCAAACCAUGUGUCUGCACCAACCACUCAGAAUUCAGUCUAUUAUGCCAUGAAUGUUUAAUGUUUCAUGAAGAUAUAUCGGAGUUUUUGCAGAUUUCAUGAGGGCCACAUUAGGUAUCACUAGCCUUACAGUAUCUCGGACAUGAUGCAGAUGAUGUUAGAUUCAAUUCCUGUUUGACAUCAUAUGAGAUAUCCUUUGAAUGUUGUUCAGACUCUCUCUAUUUGAAAGGCUAGAGUCGACGAAAGUUUCACUGUAUAAGACAAUACCAGUGACAUUUUCCCAUUCACGUUUUCUUUUAUUUUUUAGAAACCGAUAUACGUUGUACGAGUACUAGAAGAAUUCUACAUCUGACCAAAAUGUUAUUUCCUUACCAUCUGCAUCUUACUGUAUUUGUAUUUGUACACAAUAAGCAAAGCCAAAAACACAAAUCUCUGAUUAGAUAAUAAAUCCUUAAGUGAUGUAACUUGCGUGAAUGAGAAAAAAUUAUUUAUGAAGUAUGGGUCAUUCGCAGAGUAAGUUAUAAUACUGAGUAAUCAUAUAAGAAACAAUAUCGGAAUUGUCACACAAAGUCAGUGGAAGUGUACAGUCGAGCACUAAAGUUCGUGAACAACCUGAACUUGUAUCUUAUGUAUUCUGUUCACGAACUUUAGUGUUCGACUGUACAUCAAUAUAAAAACAAUAGACAUAAUAAGAAGUCGAUGGAAUUUUUCAUCUUCGAUUCUUGAUUUUCAUCUUUAUCCAAUUCAUUCUGUCAAAAGACAGUGAUAGGAGUGUAAUUCAUGAAGUCUUUUAUUAUUCCAAAAAAUAUAUCCAUAUGAAAAUUU